AUGAGUCGAAUCAAUUCGGCCACCAUUAUGAACAACACUGUGGCCAUCACAGCUGCCGAGCAAAUCAUGACCUUUGCCUCGCUCACAAGCACUGACCGUGAUGGACAGCCGCGCACCGCCUCGACCGUGGCUCUGGCUGUCUUGCCCAAGGAUUGCUCUGGCUUGCUCUUCACGCCAAUGCUCACGCCACAUGUCCUCAUCUUCUACCUGGGUCCUCUUUUCCUGCCCCGCUUGACUCUUAGGAUCGAUCCAACGGAACGUUUUCUUCUCUCCCUGGGCCGCGCUGGAAACUGCGUUGUCUGGGCCAUUGGGGUUGGCGCCUUGCAGAAGGAAGACAAGCCUCUCUCAUCAGUGACGCCCCUUUGGGGCAUUGAGCAUGAGACCUUCAAGAACGUGCUUGUGGCUUGUCACAUUAGGCCCACCAACGCCCAGUUGCCGCCGCUUGGCUGUCAGGAUUUUGCGUGCGUUUAUUUGCGUUCUAUUCAUGCUUUCGAGCCAAUUCUGACCACUCACCCCAAAUGCUUGCAUUUCCAUCGCAUGUGUAUCAGCUCAAACCAACGCAUCAUUCGGCACAAGGAUCAACCUGGCUACCUCGGCUGGGGCAUCGUCAACCAGCAAGGCGGGGUUGCUUUUCUUUACGUCAAUGCAGCAACCAGCCUGCGCCGCGUAGAUCUCAGUGCUCCCAAUGCAGUCGAGACUGCUGUUUCGGUGCUUCUCGAAAACCCCCAGACCAACAUUGAAGCCGGUGGUGAAAUUGCUGACAUCUACACAGCCACGGGAACGCCUCGUGAUGAGCCCAUUGUCAAGGCGUCUGUGCAGCAGCAACGCGAGGACCAAUGCCUCGUGGUGGCUGCCCUCACCCCGAAAACCAUGAUGGUGGCAACCUUUUCCAUCAUGCAGGGAAUGCCGUGUAUUGCACAUGCCAAGCCCAAGGUCAACCCCGAGCUGCUAGAAUCAGCGAUCAGUGUCACCUCCAACAGGAUGUUGUUGGCCAUGCGCCCCCUAGAUGGCAUGAUCAAGUGCAUGGCGAUUGAGCUGCAAUCCUUUACUUUAAGCAGCAAGGUCUUUGAGUGCGCUGAUGUCACAGCGGAUAGCCAGAUCGAGGUCCUAGCCCCCUCCGUCUUUGCCAUUCGCACUGCAAUGCACAAGCUUCUCGUUGUGACCUGUCGCCGGGAGAGUGCGGAUGUGUUUGACAUUGAGCGCUCUCGCGUUGACCUGCCAGCUGAAGUGGCUGAGGUGGCCGAGUGGUGUGACUUUGCCAUCAAUCAGCAACACACCCACGUCAUGAUUCGAACUACAUCAGACAAGCCAAUGCAUUUCCUGCACCUCGAAACUGACAAGCCACAAGACGCUCUAGCCCGCGCCGUGUCCACCUCUGUACCCCACGAAGUCAACAACUUCGAUGCCUCUCAUCUGACUGCAGUCAUGAAUGAGUUUCCACCGACGACCAUGGAAAAAUAUCUUGGACGCUUGCGUCAAGUGGUCAGCCAGAGACGCGUCAAUUGCAAAGAUCUUACCGAUUGGCGUGACAACCUGGCCUUGCUUUGCCGCAUCAUGCGCACGGUCGUGGAGCUCAAGGAUGCUCUCUGCGUGGCCGUCAACUGCUUCACUUACCGGAUUGAUCUCGAGGUCGCUGCAGUACCACACGACUCGUUGGCAGACGCCAUUAGGGCAUUAAACACAGACUCGCUUGACCUCCGCGAUGACGACGCCAAACAGCUGACAUACAUUGCCAUGCGACUUUUGCUCUCUGCGGAGCUGGUGCUCAUCCUUGCGGGCCAGCUCUCUGACGCGGUGGCUUCAGACGAAGAUGCUAAAGCGGAGCGCAUCAACGUAUGCCGCUGGCUGCUGCCCCUAACAGGCUCCUUUCCACGCACAAUACGCUUGGCAUUGACCGUGGCCAUCGCCGUUCUUCUGCAAGGUGCGGCAGCGCAGGAGUCCAUGGCCUUGACGGCCGAUGCGGAUGCCGCUGCUGAAGCACACCUUCUGCCGGCCCAAAAGAAAGAGACCGAGAUUAAAGCAGAGGGUUUCGUUUCGUUUCUCGACGACUCGUCAACUAUUCCUGCUAGUGUCAAUCACGAAGGAAGCCUUUUGGCGCGCUUCCGAAGUGCACCGGCCUAUCUUCUAGCCCGUGAAGCUUAUGAUUUGAUCGGACACAUGCAAGAACUGGAGAGCCAUGCGGAAUUCGUUUAUGGUGUUAGGCCCAAAGAUGCGCGGCGCCUGCUUGCCAUCGGCCAGACCCAACUUCCUGGUCUUUUGAAGAUUGCCGGCUUCGAUGGCGAAUUCUUACUAGAUGUGAGCAAAAACAUUGUAUUGACUCACUUGCCCAAGAAAGGAGCCUAUCGCUCCUGUGCUCGCCCCAUGGCACUGAACGCACCCUGUUUUAUCAAAGGAGAACACAACUGGCUGGACGUGGUGUGUCACUAUCGACUUGGCCCAGCCCAACCGCAGUGCUGUUGCUACUUGGGCCAGGAACUGAACGACGCUGGUCACCUUUCGCUUCCAGAACUUGACGAACAGGCGCAGGAUCGGCAGCUGAAGCCCUUCUGUUUGCCCACGUACCUGAUCAUCGGAGCACAAAAGGCUGGCACCACGGCCUUGGCUGCCUUGCUCAGCUUGCAUCCCAUGAUCAACCCAAUGCGCGUCAAAGAGGGGCACUUUUUUGAUCGUGCCUGGGGAAAUCAGCAACGCGCGAAUCGCUAUUUCAAGAGCUUCAUCCAAACCGAGCCAGCCAUGACAUUCAAGACUUUGAUUGGUGACAGCACACCGUCAUAUGCAUUAUCGCAUCGCUACGCACAGCGAAUACGCGGCGCGCUACCGCAUGCCAGGCUGAUCAUGCUGCUGCGCAAUCCUGUUGCGCGAGCAUAUAGCGAGUAUCAGAUGAAGUUGCGACGCAUUGAAGCUGAUCUUCCUUUUGACAACCUUACGGUGUGGAGUGAGUAUGUCGAGCUGCUUGCGGGAUGCUUAAGCCGAAAGAGUUCGCUGCCGAGUUUCCCCCAAUUUCAGACUGUGUUUGCUCGACGCUCCACGCGAUGGAAAGACUUUGACGCCUGCUUGUCGCCACGUUUAGCCAAACUGGGCGAGGCGGAGUUUGAAGCCGAGGAGCUGCAAGCCUAUCGAGCACCUCACGAAUCAAACACGGAGAUUGUGGCAGCCAUGCGCGCAUCCCUACUCAACCUGACACUGACUUGCGUUCGGUGGGCUAAACUGCAUACGGAGGUUGUUCUGCCUUUACCGAGAGCCUUUGCUGAAGAAAUUUCGAAGGUGGAUGCAAGCAUGUACUAUGAUGCACUCGCGUGUGGCCGUCAACCGGCCCGUUGCCAGCAAUUGCAGCGUCGGUGUGGUCCAAGCUACAACGUAUCUGAGACCUGCCUUCGUGAUCCAGCGCUUGCUCACUUUUUCUCAUUCAACACCACGGUCCACUGGCCCAAGGGAAGCCACUCCGACAUUCAGCGGGACUUUAUCUUUCGCGGGCUAUAUGAGCCACAGAUCCGGUGGUAUCGGGAGGAGUUUCCCGCCGAUCAGCUAUUGUUGUUGACGGAUCGGCAGUUGCGCGAGGAGCAGGGCGCCAGUUUGCAGGCCAUAGCGCACCACCUGGGCUUGACGGCUCCCAGCGACUGGCUGGCCACGGACUCUGCCGCGGUGAACGACCGGGUCAGCACACUUUGGGAGCGCUUUGUCAACACUGGCUGGCAGCUUCAGUCAUCGUACCAGCCGCUGGACGCUGAGCUGCGCCAAAAGUUGGAGGCGUUUUUCCUUCCACACAACCUACGACUCUUUCGCUACCUUGACGAGGAGCUCCACUGGUAA